AUGCACGAAGGCUACAGUCCCGCCGAGGCCAAGUGGAACAAGCGUCGUCCAACGCCCACGCCGGAGGCACAUGCCCGCUUAAGCCAUAUAUACAGCAGCCAGGAUGCUAAGCAGCAGCAGGAGGAGGAGGAGAAGCUGCCACAGACUCCAGUUGGAGAUGUCAUCUCGCAUGUGCUGGGUGACUUCGGCAUCUUUCAGCUGCGUUCCGUGCUGAUCAUCUUUCUGUGCAAGCUACCGGCUGCCUGGUUUAUGGCUCUUAUAAUAUUUACCGCACCCGAGCUGUAUCCCGGUGAGGAGUAUUGGUGUGACACGAGCGCCUAUGGCGGCGCAGAGAACACGAGUGUCACGGAGGAUCAGUGCUAUGUGCUGGUCGCAUACGGCGAGGCCAACUAUGCGAUGCGACAGUGCCUGCAAUUCAGCUAUGCACACACCUUUCGCUCGCUAAUCAUGGAAUUCAACUUGGUCUGUCUGUGCGACAUCUUUGUGGCAUGGUCCCAGUAUUGGCAUCUCUUCGGCAUGUUCGUCGGCGGCGUGGUGGCCACACGGCUGAUGCGUGUGCUCAGUCCACGUCGCGUCUACAUCGUUGGCAUCGGGGGUCUGCUGUGCUGCGGCACAGCCACGGGCCUGGUUAAUGACUUCAGUUUGCAUUGCUCCUUUCGCUGCCUAUCCGGCGUCUGCUGCUGCUUCAUGAUGACAGCCGGACAAGUUAUAUUUUGCGACAUUACGGCGGGCAAGUACCGGCAGGGCGUGCUUCUACUGUACGAGGCCUUCUGGUCCGUUGGCAUCAUACUGUUGCCCGCCAUUGCUGCAUUUUCUCAGAGCUGGCGGCAGGUUUAUGUGGGCAUCACCUCGCUGCCAUUAGCUAUUGUGCUGCUGCUGCCGUGGCUGCCGGAGUCGCCGCGCUGGCUGCUGCAGCGCGCAGAGCCCACGGCUGCUGUGGAGCAUGUACAGCAGCUGUUGCUGCAGGCGGCACGCAUUAACGAGCGCUGCUCCAGGCUACCAGAUGAUCUCUGCCUGCAGCUGGAACUGCUGGGCGAGAAGCUGCGUUCACAACCACCAGCCGCCCGCUGGUUGGAGCUAUGGCAUGGCCAUUCGCGUGCCAAGCUUCAUAUGCUGGCCACGCACAUGGCCCUGGCCACCUUUCUCAUCAGCCACAUGGGCUUGCUCCUAAACAUACGCACGUUUGGGCGCGACUAUCUGACGCCCAAUACUAUGUUCAUUGGCCUGGCCGAGAUUCUUGGCUGUCUGCUCGCCGUCCACUUAUGCAACAAGCACAACGCCCACAAGUGGCAGUGGGCGGGUGGCUUCUGCAUGGUGGGCGGCUUCGUUGGCUGUCUGUGCUGGCUCUUGAAUGGUGUGGAGAUGCCACAACUCUAUGAGACUAUGCUGUGGAUGUGCUUUACCGUUCUGCCCAAGGCGGGCGUCUCCUGCGCCCAGUCCAUGCUUAUGGCCUGCAUGGGCGAGUCUCUGCCAGCGGAGAAGCGUGCUCCGUUUGCCUUCUCGGUUGUCACAUGGGCGCGUGUCUGGCUGCUCUCCGCCUCGUUUCUUACGCUGCUCAAGCAGCUCAACAUUGCCCUCUCCCUGUCCACCUUCUGUGCGCUGGUUGUACUGGGCGGCCUUUGCACCUGCUGCCUGCGUACGCCCCGAGCAAGGCAGAACAGAAUGCAACACGAGCAGCGGCUGCAGCAGAAGGAAGCUGACUGCUACAGCACGCACUUGUAA